GCAAAGAUAUAGGCGAAUAUGGCCCUAUUUAUUUUUUUAUCAAAUAGCCUAGGCUAGGGCGUCAACACUCAAGCAUAUAAAACGGAAAGUGAAACGUCCGCGGUUCAUACGGAGUUUUGCAAUAACUUGUUUAGGUGUUCUCCUAAAAUGGGAAAGAUUUACCAGAUCAUAGUGGUUGGAAUAAAGGGGGAGAAGAAAACGGUCGAUGUUGCGACAUCAGAGGAAGAAUUCAACAAAACGACAAUUUUGCAAUUCAAAAAGAAAGUUGCAGAAAAAUUGCCCGGGCAAGCAGGGGGUGAUCCAUCGUCCCUGAGGCUGCUGUACACAGAUAAACAACUAGAAGACAAUGAUACGUUUUUAGACCACCAAAUCAAGGAUCGCUCCACUCUCUUCAUGGUCUUACGUCUACCCGGAGGUUUCCAAACAUGCUAAGAAGAACCGAGUCCCUGCCGGAAUGAAGUCCACCUUAAGGAUCUCGUCGACAGGACAACAUUUUAAACACAGAGACACUUCUACAUUCAUUGACUAAUGAAUCAAUUUGUUGUUAGCUAGCCAAUGUAUAGGCCUAUUAUGAGUGUGGGAUCUGUGGGAUAUUAUGGUCACUGAUCUGUCACCUCACAUCGGGGAUAAUCAGUCUUUGAAACCCAUCUCAGGAAUUUUAUCUAUAAAGAAAAUAAUCUUUGAUUUUAAGUCUUGUGACUUAUGAUUG